CGAGCACCGAGUUCGAGUUUGUUCCAUUGCUUUGCCGAUUGCUGUUGCUGCUGCCAUACAGUGCAAGUUUGGCAGUAGAAGUGAAUUUGGCUCCAUUGCCAAUCUAAUGGAACAUCGUUCUUUUGAGCAAGUCCCGUCAGCUGUAGUGCUCAAUCAACUAAACAUUCGCGUGAAACGUGAUAAUUGUCGUAAACAACAAAUUCUGCUCCUGCUAUUAUGUUGUUUAAACGGAUCAUUGAAGGAAAGUCGAUGUUGAACGCUGAAACCACCAAGUCCAAGUCUCCGGAGAAAUGUUCCAGAAGGCGGUCUGAAUGCGAUGGGUGUGGGGAACAUUCCACUAUUCUGGAAGAAAUGGUCAAGGUGGUUUUGCUGGGAGUUGUGUUGUGGGCGGGAGUAACGUUUGGGAGCCAUGUUGCUCCUUACCCGCUUAACUUAAUAUUGAAUUCUGAUAAUCUUCACCCGCCUCCAAUGUACGACUUCCCAUUUCCAAGUGCAGAGAUGUUGAAAAGACUUCCCCCUAUAACUGGAAUCCAAACCAACAAGUCUAUCAGUAUUAGCAAAUUUUCAGUUUCAUUGUUGGAGAGGCUAGAACAGAAUCUUAACGCUGCUGGGAUCACUCCGAGAGCAGGAUCACCAGGAAAGGGAUUCAUGAUCCAAGGUCUCCCUUCGGAUGACGCGAUGUUUUAUGAAAAGUCGUCUAUGAUUAUCACAAAAGCGUCACAGAAUUUGGUUGUAACUCGAUGCACAAGAUACGGUUUGGCCAAGGACGAGUGUGCGAGCUAUGUUAGUACUUUGAACUUGCGUGGUAGUGAAUAUGGGCCAGAGUGUGCCGCGCUUGAAAGACUGGCGUGCCGUUCUAACAAGUUAUCAUCACGUUAUCGCUCCUUCGAUGGCUCGUGUAACAAUCCUGUACGGUCUUCCUGGGGUCAAUCACUAACUGGCUACAAGCGUCUCUUGCACCCAAGAUAUGCUGACGGCAUCGAAGAGCCUCGCUCUUCUGCAAACAAUAAGCCUUUGCCGUCUGCCCGUUUAGUCAGCACAAAACUCACCAGUAACUUGGAUCGACCUGAUGACAAAAAGAGCAUUGCCUUGCCCAUUUGGAGUCAGUUCAUUUACCAAGACUUGGUCCACAUUCCCGUAAGGAAGACAAUCCAUACCCACCAGGCGAUCCGCUGCUGUGACAAUGAUGGCUCAGGGCUAUCACCUCGCUAUCUGCAUCCGAGCUGCAUGCCCAUAUCUGUACCUUUUGAUGAUCUCUUCUACAAAAAGGAAUAUCAAACCUGCAUGGAGUAUACCCGAUCGGCCACAACGUACAGAGGAGACUGCAGUUUUGGUGCUUCAGAACAGAUGAACCAGGCCACGCAUUUCAUGGACGGGUCCCAGCUGUACGGCACGAACGGUCGCGAGGCGGCGUCGCUCCGCGAGAUGGAGGGGGGUCUGCUCAAGACUUCGGGCCCCGGCGCUAACCUGCCGCCGUUGUCUGCCGACCCCACUGCGCAGUGUCUCGUGCCCGGCCGGGCCGAUACCUGCUUUAAAGCUGGUGAUAUCCGCGUGAACAUGCACCCAUGGCUGACGAGCAUGUACGCGCUGUGGGUGCGCGAGCACAACCGCGUGGCGCGCGCACUGGCCGCGCUCAACCCGGCCUGGAGCUCCGACCGCCUGUUCCACGAGGCGCGCCGCAUCGUUGUCGCGGAGAUGCAGCACAUCACCUACGCUCACUGGCUUCCCGCCCUCACUGGUAAACCAUUCGAUGAGCUGUACGAGAGCUACGACACGGGCUACAACUCGGACGUGAACCCGACCGUGAGCAACUCGUUCGCCACGGCCGCCUUCCACUUCGUCCACACCAUGCUCGACCAGGACAUCGAACUGGUGGACACCAACGACGAAGUGUCCUCACACCGCCUCAAGGACACGUUCUUCAAGCCCACCAUCGUGCCCGGCAAUCUAGAGAAGAUCCUGAAGGGCAUGGCGGCGCAGAAGAGCCAGGGGAUGGACUUGAACUACGAUGAUGACGUGCGACACGGCUGGCUGGGGGGGCUGGACGCGCUGGCGCUGGACGUGCAGCGCGGCCGCGACCACGGCCUGCCGGGCUACGCGGCCUACCGCGCGCUCUGCGGCCUGCCGCCCGCUACCACCUUCCAGCACUUCACCGGUCUCAUCCCGCAGGAGGUGGUUGACAAGCUAAUGGAAGUGUACGAGCACCCCAGCGACGUGGACUUGGUCGUGGGUGCCAUGGCCGAGACUCCUCUGCCCGGCUCUUCCUUCGGACCAACCUUUACGUGCCUUAUCAAGGAGCAAAUGUGGCGCACUCGCUACGGCGACCGCUACUUCUACUCGCACACUGACGAGGCCGGAAGCUUUACCAAGCGUCAGCUGGCCGAGCUGAAGCGCGCCUCGCUGACCCGUCUGCUGUGCGACAACGGCGGCCUCACCGCCGUGCAGAGAGACGUCUUCCAGCCGAGCUCCCCCAGUAACCCUAAAGUUCCUUGCGACGAGAUCAAGAAGGUGAACCUGGAGGCUUGGCAGGAGGCCGGGCAGCCGGACCUGCUGUCGCGCACCACUAAGUGGCUCAAGACGCGCGUGGCCGACCGCGCCCAGUAGCUGCACGAGGGCGACGACGUCACGAGGGGCUUGUAGUACUUAACGUAACGAGAACCAAGUCUAUGCGCAACCGCGCAACCCACAAAUGAAGAGUCUGUUGAUAAACAUCAUAGAUUAUCAACGUUCCCAACUAUUCGUAACGUCGUCCCGCGUCCUUUGUGCCCAUGCGAUACCUAUUUAUUAGUAUUUACGUAACGUGUCUGCCUUAAACAGUUAUUUUAUAAUUUAAUUAUCUUGGGUUGUCAUAUAGUCAUACAUUUUUCGUGUCGUAUUAGAUAUCUAAGCGUAAAAAAUGUAUCAUAAUUAUGCGAAAAUUAAAAUACGAGAUUUUUAUGUUUUGAAAGUGAGUUUAGGUCAAAUUUUGUUCCAAACCGCAGUAAGGAAAGUUCCAGUCGAGACAUUCAGUAUUUGUGCAUACAUGACCUGUCUAGGAAUAAGUCAGUGCCACGUCUACUCCUAGUGCAGCGGCUGUGAUAGUCGCGGGCCGCGGUUGCCCGCGGAAGAGUGGCUUCCUACAUUAGACCCAUAUGUUAAAAGGUCUAAGAAGCUAUUUAAAAUUGUAAAAAAAACCUAUUUCGUUUCUAAAACGACAAUGCUUUAAAUUAUAUUUGAAUACCGGACAACUUUUUCACCUGUUUUGAAUAGUUAGGUUGUAUUAUAUCUACACUACGCAGCAGCGUAUAGUGCGCUUUGCGCAGUGUUGAAAUAAUAAUUCGUAUUACUACGGUUUUCCGUAGUUCAUUUAGAUUAAUACUCAUAGAAGUCAUAAAUUAUUGCCAUCCCAUCAAACGCUUAGUUAGCGUAAUAUAAAUAUGCACAUUAUUGUUGCUUUACCGUUGAAUUGAUGACAUCGAGAAUUCUAAUUUUAUUUUUAACUGACAGCCUUUCGUAGGCUCUCAAUGCCAAAGACUGGAAUGCAAUUCAUUGCGUUUAUCGAAUUUCAAUUUAGGAUAUAAUCCAGACGCCUGAAUCUUAGCUUGCAUUUCCAAGUCUAGUGCUGUCGUCUGUUCCGACUAAGAUUUAGGGUGUGUCUGAAUAGAAGACUUAAAUAGUUUAAGGUGUUAAAUGGAUGAGACGGAGGUUGGGGAAACAGUGAAGAAAUUGAAUAAAGUAACGUCAAGCAUUAUUGAGACACUGAUUACACUAGUUAUUAUCAAUUUAAAUUCAAUUUUAACUUUACAUUUUGAAUCCUGUAUAAUUUUAUUCAACCAUGUGUCCCUUCAGAUUUUGAAAUCAACACAAUUUAAAUUCAUAGAUGUACGGUAGAUGCAGACGUAGCAGUUAGUUACUUAUAAGGCUAUAGUUAGCGGCGUAUCUACUAUCUAGUGUGAAGACCAGACACAGACAUAGAAGUUUUUGUGACAUAAACGAGUGUGGAAAGUGAUCGAUAAAUCUGUUAUCGAUAAGUGAUGGAUUAAUAUUGAAAAUAUGCACUUGAUGUUGAUAAGUUACCGAGAAAUUCCAAUAAGUAAUGCAAAUCAAUUACAAAGCGCUACAUAUUUUUUAUUACAUUUAUUUAGUACUUAUAAAAUUAAACGUAAACUAACUGUAGUCUACAGUGCUAAAAGAAAGUAAACUACCAAUAUAUCAAAAGAGAAGAAGAUAUCGAACGUGUUGUGUAUUUCGUAGUAGCUAUCUUAUAAAAUGGAAUUUAUAAUAUUAUUUAUAUUAAUUGUGACGUCCCACGGUCAAAGGUACCUUAUGGCGGGUAUGGAGUUAUGCAUACCCCAGUAAUUUACAAUAAAUACAUAAGCUAUCGAUAACACAAAAGAUCAACCUCCUAAGUUGUGUAGUUACAGAGAUAUGAUUUUUUGAAAAUAAUGUUGUGAAAUGAGCAACUUUACGAUAGAGAAGUUUUAAGUUUAGCCGCCUAAAAAACUAUGUUCCUGAAGUAAGUUACAUAGUUGACUACAAAUAAUAAUACCUUAUACAUCUGAGAUUAAAAAAAUGUUGCGACUUGUUCUGUAAUGCAAAUAGUAACCUUUGAUAUCGACUGAUUUAUGUGUAUACUAACCAAUCUCUUGAAAAUAUUUUUUUAUUUCAUUUUCACGAUUGAUUGCAAUGAGCUCUCAAGAUUUAAAUUUAUCUAUUAGAAAACGACACUGAGAGACAGUUUAAGCAAAAAAAAAACCGAUUUAGAGGUGAAAAUGUAUUUUCUGACUUUUUCAUGUAAAAUCACAAAAUCUAAUAUUUUUUACUUUUAAUGUGACCCAUAAUCAAUUCUUCUGAGCACAUAUGAAAGAAAUUCUGUUAUUCAAAUGAAAUAAAUCGUAAAAUCCCAACUAAAUACUAUAUUUAACCUUUUAUGCCACUUUAAACUUACAUAACAAUAACAGUAUUUACUCCAUACAUUUACGAAAAGGUACCUUAUGGAAAUAAAUUUAAUAAUACAUCACUACAAAACAUCAAUUACAUUGAAGUUUAUCUUUUAUGACUAGAAAAUAUUAAUUUACGUUAAACUGCCACAAAUAUAAUUAGUUCUUCGGCAUAAUAAUGUUAAAAAAGACCAAUAAUUUGUAUGUAAAGAAAAGGUACCUUGUGGUUAAGUUACAUGAUGAAGCAUGAUGAUGAUGGAACAGUUAGGAUAAACUAAGAAUAUUUUGGGGUUAAGAUGGUAUAAAUCGUCUAUUUCUUAUCAAUAAUAUAUUUUGGUUGCCAUUGAAGACAAGCGGCUUUGAGGUUCAAUGACCUCAGAUAUUCCAUAUGGCAAUGCGUCGGGUAUUGGCAUUUUUCAGCAAACCAAUGGCAGAUUUAUUGCAUGCGACCAAACCAAAUGAAGAUUAUUCUAGUUAGGAAAGAGUUGACGAGAGUAACUUUGGUAUAAUAGCAGGCUACUUGGAUUUGUAAUGUUGGUCGAUGUACGGUUAUAAUAUUUGCUAGGCGCCCCAACCAGAACUGAAAUUAUCAAAUUAGUUUUUCAGAAUGCUAAUACAGAUAUCUACCAAACUUCUUUUCCCGUAUUGACUAGUUUUUUUGGGAAUUUUCAAUCUUUUUUCCAUAAGGUACCUUUUGUACUAAACUCUGAGACGACAUUACUCGGCUUAUAACUAACUUAUAACAAAAAUAAAAACAGGUAAACAAACGUUACGUAUUAAGGUUUCAGAUCACACAAUAAAAAAAAAUUGUGCAUUUUUUCACCUUUUUACAAAACAUUUAAUAUCUCCGAAACUAGAAACCCUCAUAAGGUACCUUUUCCCAUGGAACGUCACAAUUUAGUACCUUUAUGUUAUUUCUACUCAGAAUUACAAGCUCCUUCGAUCCUAAUAGGAAAAAAAAGCGUCACAAGAUUUUUACUUCUCUUAUAUAUUCAUUUGUUAAGGCAACAUCGAUAACAGACAUGUCGAUAUUUCAUUUUGUCAAUCACUUUAUUUUGCCACAAAACUUCUGUCUGGUGAAGGCUGUGAUAGAUCCAUUUUAUUCUAAAAAGUACGUAAUAAAUGAUGGUGAUAAAUAUAUUUGACCGUGCACCGCAAACUAUUUACCUAGCCUAAUGUUAUGUGCUGCCGCAGUUAACGUCAUAAAAACUUUAAAAAACAAAUUGAAUUAUAUCUCAGAAGUUCAAUUUUUUAGAUGUUCGAUUGACACUGCUUAGGUUCAUAGAUAAAUUGCAAGUUAAUACGAUAUUUUGUUCAUGAAUAUAUCAUUGUAUAAUCGCAAGCUUCCAAAUAUUUUUUUUUGUUCUGCUAUCCAGCUAUACUAUAAAUUUUGGUUAAGAAGGAGCUUUUUAAACACUAACCCCCUUAUUCAUAAACGCGCUAUAAACCUCAAUUAGCUAAUAAGCGUUUGUCUUUAUCUGUCAUUUUGACUUAUGUAUUUGUAAGAAAGGGAUAAAACAUAAUUUAACUAAAUCAGGCCCGUAAAGUUUUAUGAAUAAGGGGUCAAGUGAUUUGUUUUAAGAAUAAAGGAGAAUGGGUAUUUUGGUCUAUUUAUAAACUGCAUACUUAAAGCUCUCCAUCUAUUGUUUGUUGCAAGCCGCCCGAGGGGUUAAUAGGUACUUUCCACAAAAUCAUAAGCACAAAUCUGCAAAUUGGUCAUGCCCAUUCUGCUUUGUUGUAUUGCCAGUGUCGACUUAUUAAUAUUACUAUACUAAUAUUAUUUUAACUAUUGCUUUAUCUUGUUAUUCUCACAAUUUACUCCCAAGUACCUAUAUUUUACGUCAACUCCAUAUAUCUGUUUUUGUAACUGAGGUUGCUACCUAUUGUAUAAUUUUAUUGUAUUAAGUUUCUUUUAUACGGUUAAUUAAAAUUUCGUUUCCUAUAA